GAACUUUGGUACGGUUAAAAAAAAUUGAAAAUGGAUACAACAUGAAACUUGAGUUUUUGCCGGUUGAAGUGUAAAAAUGAACUGGAAAGUGAAAUUGAAAACGUUUGAACUGUGAAUUCGUUAGCAAUGGCGUCAAAAAGACUGUUAUCAUUGGUCUGGGCAAUUUUGCUUGCGUUGCCCCUGGCAACGGGCCAUCUCAACGUACUUAUCAGCCAGGCCGAAGUUAUGAAACUUUUAGGUCUCGACGCAGAGCUGUACUACGUGAGAGAAGGCGUAGUGAACAACUACGCUACGAGCUUCGUUGUGCCAGUACCAGCACAUAUAUCCGACUUGGAGUUUAUGUGGCAAGCGACUGGACGAAAACCGCUUCCCUACGUGAUGAGUAUCCAUUAUGACGUACGAGCUGCCAAAGGCGCCAUGCUGCCGCCACAAGUCAACAUAUCUGAAAAAGGCUUUGUUCCUACAAAUCUACAGACUUUUCGAGUUCGUCUGCCCUGUACUGGAGCUCUAAGUGAGGAAAUCCUCGUCACAAUUCAACUUAAUAUCUCAUCAACGGAUCGUGCCAGUAAAGACGUGCGACUAGUCUUCAAGAGGAACAAAAUCUGUUUAGCUGGAGUAUCGACGGUUGUGGACAGGAACGAGACGGCACGACUGGCAGGCGACGCGUCCCACACCACUGGUGGGGUCUUGUUUGCCGCGGGAGGCUGUGCGGCAGCCGCUCUGGCAUUACUAGCCGGUGCAGCCGCUGCGGGAACGCUGUAUAAGAGAGGAAACAAAGCAAGACAUCAUGAUUCCAUUCACACGUCAUAUACAACGGCAGCAUAUGGCAGUCAUCAAAACGUUUUGCUCCGCUUGGACACGCUCGGUCGACCCCCCAGCUCAACGGGAUCCUACGCCACCAUCGCAAGCCUGCAUAAGUUCCCCUUCGGCAGUCGACGAUCACCGUCUCCUUACGCCACCACGCACAUUUCAGAACACGUAUACGCGAAGCCAGAAUCCAGGGUGUCGUACUAUGCUGCGUCUAACUUAACACAUGUCUCCCAGCAAACGAUAACAAAGGAGCGGGUAACUGACCCGAGCGAACAGCUCCGUUUGCUAACUACGGCCCGUGCAAAUAUUCGAUUGGAGAUCCUCGUACACGAAGGCACAUUCGGUCGUGUUUACAAAGGGGUGUUCAAACGAGGGGACACUUACGAAGAGGUGCUUGUUAAAACAGUAUCAGAUGCAGCAUCAGCGAUGCAGGCAGCGCUUCUUGUUGCUGAAGGGCUGAGAUUCUGUGGUUUGGUUCACGCGAAUGUUUUGUCUCCAAUGGCCGCCUGUGCAGAGGAAGCCAGGAAACCCUUACUGGUUUACUGCUGCGUUUCACAUUCUUCUAACCUUAAAAGGUUCCUUACAUCGUGCAGACUGGGUCAGCAGGCAUCUCCAGCCACCAGGGAGUUGGUGGAACUGGGUGCCCAAGCCGCUUGUGGUUUGUCCUACCUCCACGUGCAGAGGGUUAUCCAUGCAGACUUCGCGGCGAGAAAUUGCAUAGUCGACGAGAAGCUAAGACUGAAGGUAACUGAUAACGGUCUAUCCCGGGACCUCUUCCCGGAUGAUUACCACUGCCUGGGGGAUAAUGAAAAUAGACCCGUGAAAUGGAUGGCGCCGGAGUGUUUGCUGCACAACCAGUACACCACUGCUUCGGAUGUGUGGUCGCUAGGUGUAACGAUAUGGGAGUUAGCAACACUAGGCGCAGGACCUCUUGCGGAACUGGAUGCGGCUGAUGUCGGGGCCUUCCUCACUGGAGGAUACCGACCCUCACAACCGCUCAACUGUCCGGAUGAAUUGUAUGGUAUAAUGUCCUGGUGUUGGACAACAUCUCCCGCUUCCAGACCAACCGCUCCACAGAUCCUUGCAGCUCUACACGACUUCAGACAAGCCCUAAAUACUUAUAUUUAGAUAAAUUUUGAUGCUCAAGGAGUAGGACUUUUCUUGUGUUCUACGUCAAAUAAUCCUUAUGUCAACUCAGCUAUCGUACUUAAAAUUUGAUAAUCAUCUCUGGGAAAAAGAAUGGCCGGAAAUGCAUACCAAUAAAAUUUAAGGACAGAACUGUGUCAAACACAAAUUUAAGUCGAACUUAUCGUAUUAUUUUCCAUUUAAAUUUAUCUGCUAUUACUUUCUUUCUUCUUAGUUUCUUCUUUCUGUUUAGAAUUUAAGUACCAAAGUGCCUGAGAAUGAAUUCUGUUUUUGGUUUUAUAAUAUAAAUUAAUUUGAUGGGGACCAAGCUAACGGCCCUGCUUGAAGGAAAUAUUUGCAGAAA